AUGCCAAAAUCACCUAUAAUUAAAAUCUUAAAAAAAAACCUUCAAUUUUAUAGAAAUAAUAAAAAAGAAGAGUUAUCCCUUUUUCAACGAGUUGUUAUUAUUACUCUUGUCGAAAAUAAUAUAUUUCAAAACAAGAUUGCUUCGACAAUAGGUAUUUUACCUGAUAUGGUUUCUAAGAUCAUAAAUAAAUUUAAAAGAACUAGCAUAGUUGAAGAUCUAAAAAGGUCUGGUUAUCCUUAUCUUCUUUCAAUUGAUGAAGAAAGAAAAAUAUGCGAAAUGAUUACUUCCAGGAAAUGUGAAAUAGCAACUGAGAUUUAUUCAAUAGUUAAAAAAAGACAUUCUGCUCUUACCGAUAAAAAUAAAGAGAAUCAGUUAAGAUUUGCAGAAAAAUAUAAAGACUGGACUGUUGAUGACUGGAAGAAGGUUAUUUUUUCUGAUAAGAGUAAAUUUGCACUCUUUGGAGCUUUUAAGGGGCGCCAUUAUCACUGGCGAAAACCAUUAACUAAUGCCUACGUUGUUCCAACAAAACAACUUGGUAGUGGUAGCAUCAUGGUGUGGGGCUGCAUAACUCCUGAUAACUGCUGCUUAGAAUUAGUUGAAGAGACUCUAAAUGUGAAGGGAUAUAUUAAAAUUUUAAAGAACUGUCUCAUAGAUGUACAUGUUGCUAUUGCUAUGACAAGAUGGCUUAAUAAAAAAGAUAUUAGUGUUCUAGAGUGGCCCACCUAUUCUCUCGAUCCGAAUCUAAUAGAACACUUAUAG